AUGUCGAUAGUUCCCAGUAGCUUUGUGCCGAAUGCGUUACUUACAUUCAAAGCUGGUACGAAAAGCGGCGACUACCACGACAAAAUGAAUUCUGACAAUUACGAGCGGUGGCUCCGUACUAAGCUGAUACCAAAUUUACCUCCUAAUUCAGUCGUGGUUGUCGACAACGCGUCGUACCACAAUAAAGAACUUGAUGCUGCACCAACGUCUAAUACAAAAAAAGCAGACAUGCAAACCUGGCUCUGUCAAAAAGGAAUUGAAUUUGAAGAAACAAAGCUAAAGCCGGAGCUGUACAAUUUGAUAAAACUAAACAAAGAACAAUUUAAGAAAUUUAAUAUCGAUGCCAUAUUAAACGAUGCAGGCCUUUCUAUACUUCGUUUACCCCCUUAUCACCCGGACCUGAAUCCUAAAGAAAUGGCCUGGACUCAAAUAAAGGGAUAUGUUGCCAGCAAAAACGUAAGUUGGAAGUUUGAAAUAAUAAUUGAGGUGGUUAAUGAAAAAGUAAAUUUAAUGGGAGAAAAUACUGAAAAGGCUGAUCACUGUAAAAGCGAUCAUGUGGUAGACAUUAUGACCGAAACGUUUAUAAUUUGCGUAGGGGAUGAUGAUUCUCACUCAGAUGAUGAUGAAAGUUCGAGAGACGACAGCGACGACGAUGAAGUGACCACCUCUAUCACCAACACUGCCUCAUCAUCUGGUUUUCUAGUCACCCACGACGACUUAAUGGAAGGCGUUUCCUUAUUUAAAUUUUAUUAA